UAUAAACAAAGACAAAAUAUUAUUAUUAUUAUUAUUUUUGAUAAAAACCUUGUAAUUUCUCUUCUGCUCACUGCACUUUCCCUCCUUUUCCAUCUUCUUUCCCUCGCUUUCUCUCCUCUGUCUCUCUCUUUCUCUCUAUCUUUUCGGCUUCUUGCUCAGAUUUUUUGCUGCUGAAACUCUCUCCUGACUUUUCAUGAACAUCACAAUGUGAUGAUUUCUUCUAUUUUUCUUUUAUUUUCUGGCAGACCAAGCUCUCUCACAGUUCAGUGUUGACUCCGGUUUUUUUCUGCUCCUUUUUGGGUUUUGCAUGAGGGUAUAUAGAUGGUCAAAUAGAGUGUAAAUUUGACUUUACACUGGAUAAUCACAGCAAGCUGGCUUCUGAUGCUAUUCCAAACAUGUUCACCUGUAAACCUUACAAGGUCGACCCAGAUAUACCAUUUUUUACUGCCUCGGAAGAUGAACCCGGAGGCAUUGAACAUUUCCUAGGAGAACCUGAAUGUAAGGAUGACUUGGUUAACAAUCUUCUUGAUUUGGAUAUGUUCCAAAUCCAGAAAUGCUUUGAUGUUGAAGAUAUUUCAGGCACUUUUGAUGGUGAGAUAAGACUUGAUAGUGAUACAAUGCGUCCUAAUCUCACCCAAGGAGAAGGGGAAAAUCUAGAAUUUCUUUAUGAGAUGUUUCAAGGAAGCAAUAAUGGGGAUGUCCGAGGACAAAAUACUCUCUCAACAAGUGAAGAAUUUCUUUUGGAUGCCAAAUAUGCUGAUGACACUUUCAAAUUGGAUCAUGGUCCUUGCAAAGAUUCUUAUCUGGGAAAUGUUGCAUUGCAAACUCAGUCACCAGGAAUCCAUAAAAGAGACUCUGCUAGUGAGAUAUUAGAUUUAUCUUCUGUGGGUGAUCCGGUGUUUAAAUGUAUGAACAACCACUCUUCUUUACAUGACCAUAUUGCUGUUGAAGAAGUAAAUGAGGCUUUCAAGAAUAUGUCUGAAUAUGAAACUUCUGUAAUGGACAGUAAAUGGCUGCAACAACAUGAAAUAUUUGGUUUGAAGAAUUAUUUUGAGAUGGAAAAUGGUCUGAGCCUCAUGAAAUUUGAUUUAACAACCAUUGAACAUGAAGGUAAAACCUCUUCCAAUAUAGAUUAUGCUGCAAGUACUACUGAACCUGUAAUAAGAACUUUGAACAAUGAAAAUAUAUCAGGAAACCAUCAGGUUAAAAGGAAGAGGCUUACAGGUUCUGAAUUGUUGAAGACUAUGAAUUCUGACGUUAGAAAAGUUGAACUAUUUUCCUUUGAUGGAGAAGAUAAAGCAGAACCACUUGUCACACAAAAGAGAUCAAGAAAACCACCUAGGAGAUAUAUUGAAGAAUCACUGGAUUAUAGUUCAAAAUCUUCUAAUAGAAAAUGUGGAAUGGCUUAUAGAAGGUCUAAGGAUCAGUUUCUGCAUGUUAAAUCUCAAAAGCAAAAGUGGCAGAAUGAAUUUCAAGCAGUACAAGUGUUUCCGCAGGAAGAUUCUUUUGAUGGAAAUUGUAUUCAAGUUCCAUUUGAUCUUCCGAUGGAAAGAGAGCACUCAAAGAAAAAUGAAUCAUUUCUGGUUAAGGAUGCUGAGGAUUGCAAGGACAAUAGACUUUUAUGUCCAGUUGACAAACUUGAUGUGGAGGCUUUGUCAGCAGAGUCACAAGAAGAUGUAUCUGAAGAUGAGUGUAUGGCAAGGAGCUAUGCAAAAGGUGGCGGUCGGAGAAAGCGUCAUAUUUCAUGGACUCCUUCUGAAGUGGUGAAGUUAGUUGAAGGUGUUUCUCAGUGUGGAGUUGGGAGAUGGACUGAAAUAAAAAGACUGCUUUUCUCAUCAUCAUCGCAUCGCACAUCUGUAGAUCUUAAGGACAAAUGGCGAAAUCUUUUGCGUGCUAGCUGCACCCAGUUGCAGAUCAAGGAAAAGGUUGAGAAUGGAAGAAAGCAAGCAACGAAUCACAUACCAGAAUCAGUUCUGUGGCGGGUUAGGGAGUUGGCCAUCAUGCAUCCAUAUCCAAGGGAAAGUAGGUCCAAGGUGUCCUGCACUGCCCCUGCUGUCUCAUCCUUCACAGCCGCCACCGAUAAUACAUUGGUUCCCCUGUCAACUGCCGUCUGAGAGUUAAACCGAGAAAACAGUUACAAAAUCCAGUAAAACUUGACAUUUCUAACAGCAAAACAGAAUUCCGUGAAUGAAAAGCUUGUCAUUGUACACAUAAAUUGUCACAAUCUCAUGUCUACUUAGAUAACACUUGUUUCAGUAAGUGUCUGCAUUUGUUGUAAAUUAAAAAUUUAUCUAGCAAUGCUCUGAUAUUUUGCUUGAGUUCCUUA